AUGGAGAUGAACCAUUUGAUAGGUCAGCGUUUCAACCUCAUCUCCAAGAGCGAUAUUCGCUACGUCGGUACUCUCCAUGAAAUCAACCCAGAGGCCUCCACCAUCGCCCUUGAGAAUGUCCAGUCAUUUGGCACAGAAGGGCGUCGGGGAAGCUCGGGCGAUGAGAUUCCUCCUUCCUCAAGUAUCUACGAAUACAUUGUCUUCCGGGGCAGCGAUGUGAAGGAUAUUAGCGUCGCUGAAGAGGAGAAGAAGGAGGCCACACAGCCGGAACCCCCUCGUGUUCCGGAUGACCCCGCGAUCAUGAGUAACAUAUCGCGACCGGGUCCCGCCCCUGGCCUGGAGCAAGGUUCUGCUCCUGGCCUCCCUCAGGGCCCACCCCAGGGUCCUCCCCAGGGUCCUCCUCAGGGUGCUCCUCAGGCGCCUCAGGGUGCCCAGCCGACACCUCCUGGAUACCCCCAACAGCCGCAGUAUCCGCAGGGCUUCUACCCUCCCUAUGGUGGACAGCGCUUUGGACCUCCUCCCCCCUUCCCUCCUGGUCCAGGUUUCCCCAACAUGCCCUACGGUGCGCCCCAGGGAUGGUACCCACCUCCUGGCCACGGCUUCCCUCCGGGUCCGGGCCAGUUCCCUCCUCAGAUGCCCCUUGGCGGUCCUGGCCAACCCCAGCAGCGUCCUGGUCCCCCCGGCCCUGCACCUGGUCCUAAGCCUACCUCGGAGUUGCCCGUCGGUGACAAGGUCUCCAGCAUGCCAGCUAGCCGAAAUGCUACUCCUGGCGCUCAGAAUGCCCCGACCCCACCAAUUGAGUCUAAACCGUCUGUUGCUGAAGCGAUCCAAGCACCGACUGGACCUAUGGCCGCCCAGCGGAGCGGCCGCGUCGUCCCGGCUAUCCCAAUGGCUGCACCUAGACCUGCUAUUCCUAUGAACAAUGGCCCUGCUCCUGGUGCGCCCGGUAACGGUCCUGCUGCCAAUGCUACCUCUGCCGCUGCGGCCGCCGUCGCUGCUGCUAUGGCCAAACUGCCACCUCCCAGCUCUCAGCAGAGACCCCGUCAGCCCAAUAUGUCUGUUGAGGUCAUGACCCAGCAGAUGAACGAUAUGCGGCCUUACGAUAACAGUCGUGGCCGUGGUGGUCACCAGCACCGCGGUGGACGCGGAGGGCCUCGCCCCCACCCCCAGCACCAGCACAAGAAGAUCGAAGUCCCUCAAUCGGACUACGACUUCCAGACUGCCAAUGCCAAGUUCAACAAGCAGGACUUGGUCAAGGAGGCCAUCGCUACCGGUUCUCCUGCUGCUGAAGCGGAAGCUCACAGCCAUGAUGGCGAAGCUGAUAUCGGCAGCGAUAUCGGAACCGCUCACACAAUAAACUAUAACCGUGGCAGCUCUUUCUUCGACAACAUCUCGAGUGAAGCUCGUGAUCGUGAAGAGAACGCGAUCAACCGCCUAGGCGGCCGCGAGUGGCGCGGUGAGGAGGAGAAGCGCAACAUCGAGACCUUCGGCCAAGGCAGUGUUGACGGUAACCGGGGUCGGGGCCGAGGCCGCGGACGUGGCUAUGGUCGUGGCCGUGGAUACGGUCGCGGUCGUGGUUACGGUGGUUCUCGUGGUGGUCGUGCUCCCUCCUCCUCGACCGGUGUGCCCUCGCUGGGUUAG